UUGUUCCUUUGUCUCAUUGCAGCAAGCACUGUUUUUCCUCCAGUGGGAACCACACCAAGUGGGUUGGCAUUGAGACUGGUCAAUUCAUUUAGCAGAUGUGAAGGUCGUGUUGAAGUCUAUUACGCAGGAUCCUGGGGGACAGUGUGUGAUGAUUCUUGGGAUCUCAAUGACGCAAAUGUUGUGUGCCGGCAGCUUGGAUGUGGAUAUGGUGUUGCAGCAAAGACCAAUUCCUAUUAUGGUCAAGGCUCAGGAAAAAUUGUUCUGGAUGACGUGAAUUGCAGAGGCUGGGAAUACAGUCUAUGGGACUGUCCUCAUUCAGGAUGGCUCUCUCAUAACUGUGGUCAUUCUGAAGAUGCUGGUGUCAUCUGUUCAGCAGCUGCUGGAUAUAGAACAUCUCCAACAACAGGAACACCAAGAUCUACUCCACCCCGGCCCUGGUACACAACAACUCCAAGCACUCCAGUGAGAACCACGCCCAGGGGGUUGGCGUUGAGACUGGUCAAUUCAUUUAGCAGAUGUGAAGGUCGUGUUGAAGUCUAUUACGCAGGAUCCUGGGGGACAGUGUGUGAUGAUUCUUGGGAUCUCAAUGACGCAAAUGUUGUGUGCCGGCAGCUUGGAUGUGGAUAUGGUGUUGCAGCAAAGACCAAUGCCUAUUAUGGUCAAGGCUCAGGAAAAAUUGUUCUGGAUGACGUGAAUUGCAGAGGAUGGGAAUACAGUCUGUGGGACUGUCCUCAUUCAGGAUGGCUCUCUCAUAACUGUGGUCAUUCUGAAGAUGCUGGUGUCAUCUGUUCAGCAGCUGCUGGAUAUAGAACAUCUCCAACAACAGGAACACCAGGAUCUACUCCACCCCAGCCCUGGUACACAACAACUCCAAGCACUCCAGUGAGAACCACGCCCAGGGGGUUGGCGUUGAGACUGGUCAAUUCAUUUAGCAGAUGUGAAGGUCGUGUUGAAGUCUAUUACGCAGGAUCCUGGGGGACAGUGUGUGAUGAUUCUUGGGAUCUCAAUGACGCAAAUGUUGUGUGCCGGCAGCUUGGAUGUGGAUAUGGUGUUGCAGCAAAGACCAAUGCCUAUUAUGGUCAAGGCUCAGGACAAAUUGUUCUGGAUGACGUGAAUUGCAGAGGAUGGGAAUACAGUCUAUGGGACUGUCUUCAUUCAGGAUGGCUCUCUCAUAACUGUGGUCAUUCUGAAGAUGCUGGUGUCAUCUGUUCAGCUGCUGGAUAUAGAACAUCUCCAACAACAGGAACACCAGGAUCUACUCCAUCCCGGCCCUGGUACACAACAACUCCAAGCACUCCAGUGAGAACCACGCCCAGGGGGCUGGCAUUGAGACUGGUCAAUUCAUUUAGCAGAUGUGAAGGUCGUGUUGAAGUCUAUUACGCAGGAUCCUGGGGGACAGUGUGUGAUGAUUCUUGGGAUCUCAAUGACGCAAAUGUUGUGUGCCGGCAGCUUGGAUGUGGAUAUGGUGUUGCAGCAAAGACCAAUGCCUAUUAUGGUCAAGGCUCAGGACAAAUUGUUCUGGAUGACGUGAAUUGCAGAGGAUGGGAAUACAGUCUAUGGGACUGUCCUCAUUCAGGAUGGCUCUCUCAUAACUGUGGUCAUUCUGAAGAUGCUGGUGUCAUCUGUUCAGGAACACCAGGAUCUACUCCAUCCCGGCCCUGGUACACAACAACUCGAACACCGGGAUACACUCCAUCAUGGCCCUGGUACACAACCGCUGAAAAAUAUAUUUGUGGUGGUGUCCUUCAGUAUUCAUCUGGGACAUUUCAAAGUCCGUUCUAUCCUGGGAAUUAUCCAAACAAUGCAGAUUGUGUGUGGGAAAUAGAAGCAGUGAGCAAUUACCGUAUAACACUUUUAUUUAGAGAUAUCUCGACAGAAGGUGGUAGAUGCCAGCAUGAUUAUAUUGAGAUAUAUGAUGGGCCACUGUAUACCUCUCCUUUACUGGGGAAAAUUUGUUAUGGUUCCUAUCUCUCAUAUACAUCAUCCUCAAACUUGAUGACAGUUCGAUUUCACAGUGACUCAAGUAUAACAAACAGAGGGUUUCGUGCUGACUAUUAUAUCAUUCCAGCAGAUCAGAAUACUGUUCUUCUGUGCUUGCCUGAAUAUAUGCAUGCAGUUGUUAAGAGAGCCUAUCUCCUCUCACAAGGCUACACUGCAGAGAAUGUCAGCUUGAAUGACCCUUAUUGUAAACCAAAGAUUACAACAAAUGAUAUUAUAUUCAACAUCCCAUACAAUGGCUGUGGCACAAGACGAGAGGGAAACAGCAAUACUAUCAUGUAUUCCAACUUGAUCAAAGCAACCUCUUCUGGUUACAUAAUCAAAAGGGAAAAAGAUCUUCAUUUGCAUGUCAACUGCAAAAUGCUCCAAAACACAUGGAAAGAAAUCAUGUAUGUUGCUCAGGAUGUGGCUGAGGAUGUUACUGAGGUCAAUGAAACUCAGUACAGCAGAUAUGACGUGAACGUUUCAUUUUAUGAAUCACCAUCCUUCUCACGGCCAGUGUAUGACUCUCCAUACUACGUUAGAUUGAACCAGAAUUUAUUCCUUCAAGCUUCAAUUCACAGCUCUGACCCAAAUCUGGUGUUGUUUUUGGACACAUGUGUUGCAUCACCUGAUCCCCGUAGUGUUACAUCCACAACCUAUGACAUUAUCAGGAAUGGAUGUGCUAGAGAUCCUACCUACGGUACAUACUAUUCACCCUACAGCUCCACCGUACGCUUCAAAUUUAAUGCCUUCAAGUUUGUUAACCAAUAUUCAUCAGUUUACCUGCAGUUUAAAAUGGUGGUGUGCAGGGUAUAUGAUUAUUCUUCCCGAUGCUACCAGGGCUGCAUACCUAGGUCCAAAAGAGAUACAAGCUCUUACCAAGAAAAAGUGGAUGUUGUUGUUGGGCCAAUUGAGCUUUGGAAAGAAGGCAUUGAGAACAGGAAUGCUGAGCUGGACUAUUCUGAACAUCAGGAAGACGUGGAUUCCCGUGGUUCACUUACCACCACUGCCGGUCAUUCCCAUGUUCCAUUUAUUGUUACGGCUGUGGUGCUUGCAGCUGUUGUUUUCACUCUUCUUGGGUUUCUUUUGAAAAGUAAACUGAAGAGACCGAUUCCAUAUGAGAUAAUGUGAGACGCUAAAGACACCAGCAUCUGGCAGACAAUGAUAUCUCAGGGCUUUUAAGUAAUUAUUCCGUUUCUAGCCUUUGCACUUAAUAAUUUUUAUGUGAUAAUUUGCGCUUCAAAGAGAAAAAAUGACAAACUUACUGUAAUGAGGCUACACUUUGAGUUCUGGUAAAUUCAGGCUAGAUAUGGGCCUGAGGUUAAAACCCCACAUCCAAAUAACAUGGAAAGCUAGGAAGAGUUUGAAUCCAGAUCCCAAUUCUGUAACCAGCUGCCAUUUCCAGUAAUGGACUGAACCCAAGCCCAGUAUUUGACCUACCAGCUCCCUCUUCUCAAUCUAGAACCAGACUUUGCACCUCAGGAUCUCUAAUUAGGUCUCUAAUCUAGAUAGACCAAAAAUACUGUCUAGUUUUCAUGGUAUUCUGCAGUGAGAUUCAACAGAGCAACUCUUGUAAUAUAAUGAAUGUGUAUGCAGGAAGAAUGGUCCAGAGGUUAGAGCACUAACCUGGGUUGUGAGUUACUGUUUCACCAUAAACAACUUGUGUGACCCUGGGUCAAUCACUUAAUCUCUCUGGGCCUGAGUUCCCCACCUGUAAAAUGAGGAUAACAGCAUUUCCCUAUCACACAGGAGUGUUGUAAGGAUAGAUACAAUUAAGAUCAUCAGAUAUUACUAUGAAGGGAGAUAUAGAAGUACCUAAGAUCGAUAGUACUUUGAUAUGACAGCUUUAUACAUAAAAAUCUGUUAUUGGUUUUUAUGUUUUAUGCAUACCUAGCAUAUCUUUUUAUGCAUACCUGGCACAUUUCAGUCAUUGCUGGUCAUCAAGAUAUUUGGAUGUGAGUGCAGUUUUUCUCCUUCAUAAUCCUCCUUUCACUUUCUUUCAAAACCAGCGUAUCUAACACCUCAAAUAUUCUGAUAUGGAAAUUGUGGUGAAGAGAUGAGGGUAAAAUCUACAUGUGACAACACCAAAUGAUCCAAGGUGGUUAUAUAGAAGAAAGUAUUUUUAUUUAGUACUCAGCCAUGCCUGGAAAAGAAAUGCAGAAAAUAUACAUCCAAUUACAUAUGGAAUUGCUAAAACACCCUAUUUCAGAUUAUCUUGAACGUUGCUCUUUAAGGUUUAAUUUCUCUUUGAGACAAAUGUAAUAGAUUGUGCUAAUUUGUAAAAUGGGAUGAUUUCCAGUCUAAAUGAAUUUCAUAUGUAAACAUAGCAAUUUACAAUCAGAAGUGGAAGUGUUUACAAAGCAAUGUUUCUACUGGUGUACUUGCAAAUAAAAUGUCUAUGCAUCUGA